AUGUCAUCAAUCCUGUCUAGUCUUCUCGGAGAGGCGCGCAAGGGCGCCAUCAACCCCACUGCUGCGUCGAAUGCUUCACCCCAGAAGCGCGCUGUGGUACCUGCCAAGAGCAAGAUCACCGCAUCUACAUCCCGAGCUCACACUUCAGUGGCCAAGAAUGUCACAAAACUCAAACAAGCUGAGCAUGGAGAGAGCGUCUCAUCAUCGACAGCUGCUCAACGAGCCGCUAUCUCCCACCCAUCACACGUCCAAGCCCCUACAUCACCACUCCGUCGCCCCAAUACACUUUCUAGUGGAUCCAUUGUUGACCCUAGAUGUUCGUUAGGUACCAAGGGUGUGCCAGACGCUACGCAUAACCUACCUGUGGCUUUGAUCAGGAGAGAAGGCCGCCCCAGUACAGCAGCUUACAAGAACAUGUCCGUUGGGGAGCUCCGAUUCAGAGCUCGACGACGUUCUCUUCAAUUAAUGGAAGAUAGCAAGCACUACCUUAUCAUGGUGCUUCUCGUCUACGAUGAAGAAUAUGACCAACUCUACACACGUAUUGGUAAUCCUUUGGAGUGCGAGAGUUACGCCAGGGCCGCUGUUGAACAUUACAAUAAGCAGAAUUUGGCCAAUCUGGCUGAGCUUCGUUGGGCUGCAGCUAAGCGUCAGAAAAACCCUGGAACUCCCAAGGAGGCGCAUGUGUCCACCCAAAAGUCACAAGUGAUUAGCAUGGCAUUCAAGCCCACCAAAACUUUGAGGAAGACUGUCGAGAGCGUCGAGGUCAUAGGGUCUGUCAGGUUAAGGCAGGGACCAACAAACAUGAUCACCGAACGCAAAUCUCGCCUGUCUACAGACUCAGGGUACUCAACGGGUAGUACACAACCAGCUACGGUUGAGAAUUACGAGCGCAAGAAAAUUCCCCUACCCGAGUACCCUGACGACGAGCCCAAGCCUUCGAAGAAGGCUAAACUGUCCAUCGCAGAACAGGAAAUUCUUCGAGUGGUGAAGAAGAUCGGUCGGAAAGAAGAUUCAGACCGGUCCACAAAGGCUAGCAAACUGCCUUAUAAGGUUCCAUUCAAACCAAACUCAGACAUCAACAAGAAUGAUGUCGAGAAAUUCCCUGCCAAGAAGGUGGCCAAGGGCAACAAGACAGAGAACCGGAACCACCUUCCACAGGAGGAGGAAGCGUCGCCAUCUAGAGGAGUUAUGCAGCCUGUCAGCAGACGCACCCGCCGCAAAACGCCUGCUGAGCCUACAAAAGCCCUCGACAAGAGGAAAGGACUGAUAGAAGCUUCAAAUUCUGAGUCGGAGGAUGACUGGCUUCUGGAUGAUGGACAGGCCUGA